AUGCCCGGUAAAGCGUGGAGCAAAGAGGAAGAGCGCGUCUUCUGGCGUUCCAUCGUCCCUCUUUCGGCGAAAGGGGUUGGCAGUGGCUCGUCCAGAUCUUGGGAAGAGUUGGCCGUCAUUAUGCAGCGGGAGAUGGGCCCCAAUGCCAAGCGCCAAUACACUCAGCUCAGUCUUGUGGAGCAUUAUUUCCAGAAUCACGACAAGGAGCAUUUCUCACCCUUUGCGGCUCCGUACGUACACGAGAUGAAGAGGGCCAUGGCCAUGAUCAAGAAGAGUCAGUUGCAGGAUGAGGCGUCUGUUCCUUCCCAGGAUGCCCAGGCUCAGGACAGCUUCGACAAGCAUACCGGCGAGACCACUGAUGAGGAGAACGAAACCAUCCUCUCUGAGGGAACCGACCACAACGACGGAGACUACGUUGAUGAUGGAGGUGACGAAGACGCCGAGGGAGACGAUGAUGAUGUUGUCGAUGUUGACAACGAUCUUCGCACCUUUGCUCGGGACCAGCAGAUUGAGACUGCUGCUCGCGCUGUUAAGCGUGCUGCAGGCCAACGACCUAUUUUCUCGGCCCCCGUGGCCGACAUGAGCCCUCGUGACCCCGGCUUGGUGCCCCAGCGCAACAUGUCCAAGGAGCGCUCGACGCUGCCCCCUCGCCCUCCCAAGGCUGUCACGCGGAACCGUGACUUCCGUGCUCACCCGUACGACAGCCCCAGACUCUCUCAGCGUGGUCGGCAGCCGCCCCAGGAACGCGCUCGAAUGGCUACGCCUCUCGAGACCAAUAGCUACUAUGACCAGGGUCUCAGAACCCAGCCUUUCUACGGACAGCAGUCCAGUCGUCAGCCUUUCUACGACCAGGGUCCCAGAAUGCAGAGUGGCUACGGACAGGAUUCUGGCUACUACGAUCAGGGCCCCAGAGCCCAGACUUCUUACGUUCAGAACUUUGGAACCCAGGGCAACUACGACCAGGCGCGCGACUACUACGGCCAGACUACCAACCCCCAGGGGUUUGACAAUGGCCCCAACUCUGAGACCUGGGAUCAGAGCUCCAAGAACCGUGAGUACUACGAACGGGAGUACGCCGCCCAAAGUCAGCAGUACAUCAAUCAGUGCCAUGGUCGAAGUGACGACAGGCAGGGCUAUAACGGUCAGAGCUCUAGCAGCCGUGGUUACGACCAGAACCGCAGCGUCGCAGGCUCCUCCCAGAAUCACGAGUACCGAGGCUAUGACCAGAACCAGGGCACUCAGGGCUAUCACGACCAGAACCGCAGCAUCCAGAGCUCUGACCAGAAUUACGCCAACCAGGGCUACUACGACCAAGACCGCAACGUUCAGGGCUCCUUCCAGAACUACGCCAACCAGGGCUACGAUCAGAAGCGUAACCAGCAUGCCCUCGGCGACCAGGGAAACCACGCGAUCGCCGCGUACAACACUGGCCAGCACCAGCCUGCCCCCUCUACGGGCUACAGCGGUCACCAGCCUGCCAUGGGAUCUAACCAGUACGGCCCGGAUCCUCAGUACCCCCAGUCGCAGCAGUCGAGCAUGGGCUACCCCGACUACCCUGUCGGAAACCGGUCCAGCACCUCGGCGCGCGUUGACCCUCAUGCCAUGCCUCGCUACCCAGAUCGUCAGGCCUCGAUGUCCUUUGGCCGCAGCUCAGCUGCCAUGACGCCCAACUACGACAGCCCCGCGCAGCACAGUGCCGCGCCGUCUCCCGGCUACGUUGGCUAUCCCUCAACCAUUCCGGACUACAUCCAGCGCCCCUCGACCGCUGGCUCUGGUCACCAGCAGCCCUCUCGCCGUCCUUCUACUCAUCAGCAGGUCAGCGAGGAUCAUCAUCGCCGGGGAGCUCAACUCAACAGUGGCGAGGAGCCCCAGAAUGAGCAGUUGCAGCGCCCCUCUUCCUCUGUCCCUGUUCUCCAGCCUCCCAACGAGGAUCAGUACCGUCUGGGAGGCUACCAGGAGAAGGAGCUGUUCCAAGCUCCAUCUUUCUCUUCGACCGCUCGUCAGCAUGCCACCGGGGACUACAGCCGCCAGGGAGCCUAUAUGGAUCGUCACGAUGAGCCCAAGAACGAGCAGAUCCAGCGUCCUUCUGCUUCUUCUGCGUCUCUCCCUCAGAAUCCUACCGAGUACGCACCCCAGAGUGGCUACAUGCACGACCGUGGACAGACCGAGGACGAGCAAUUCCCUCGUCCUUACGUCUCUCCCUACUCUCCUCGCCAGCACCUCUCCGAGCACAGCAACGAUCAGGGCGGCGGCUCGAAGAAGGCCCACGUGCCUCAGUACGAGCCAGAGAUGUUCCAAGCCUUUGAGGCUGCGUCCGCUCAGCACAAGCAGUAA